GAGUUGCCUUAUCUGAAGAUCGACUUAGAUGUUGAAACUCAACUCCACUAACUACAGCUUAUCAUGGAAACUUUUCGAUAGUCCAACGUAGCUAGACCCGAAAGCACCUAUAUAUUAAGAUCCUUUCCUUCGAAAAAGAAACCUUGGAAGUUGACAACUCCUACUUUAUAGCCUUGCUCACUGGUUAUCCUCUCCUUUAGCCUAGGCUGCUAAGGCAACAGUUGCUAGGUACGAUGGGUUCGUACAUCUCAAUCGCCGAGUGCCAGACCCGUUACAACAUCACACUCAAUUGUGCUGUUAUUGGCAAUAAUGUCACCGUUGACGGGAAUAAUAUUGUGGAUGUGCCUUUUACGAGAAUCGGCGAUUACGGAAGAGGCGAGUUCCCUGGCGACCCUGAUAUCGCUGGUAUAGGAAUCCUUGGAGUCUUCGUCGCGGUCACUUCAUUCGCAGUAGCCGCCGGUAUGGCAUCGGUUGUCUGGCAGUUCCUAAAGACUUAUCACUGGAAGACCACUUACACGGACGAACAAAAGGAGAACAGACAACAUCGAACUAGUUUCUCCGAAAUCCUGGAAACACUCAUUCUUGCCUGUAGCGACCAACAGGUGUUCACAGGGGCGGCGUACGCCCUCACGCUUCGAUACUGGAGAGGAUGCACGAUCUCGGCCUACCACUACAAUAUAGUCGCGAAUAUGAUGUUGCUCAGUUGUGCCACUCAUCUGAUAUCGGUCACCAUUGUCCGGAACUACUGGAAGUUCCCGUGGCUGGCCGCCCUCCGCGUUGUCGCAAUCACCUGUGUUGUCAUAGUCACCGGCUUACUGAUGGCGAAUCAGAAUGCGAACACAGAUAUUCCGUUCCCUACCGGUAUUCCAAAUGCAAACGAGACUGAUAGUUCGAUAUUCCUUGCAGCCGCCUGCUUCCAGAAUAACCAGCAUACGGUGUCGGAUACGUUUAAAGAGACGACGUCGAGUGCCAGUACCUUCUUCCUCGACAAUCUCGCCCAGUCGACGCCGCGUAAUAAGAUCCAGGGUUGGAAUCUAUACAUCAUCACGGUGUUGUUUUACGGGGUCGCCAUUCUCGCCGAAAUCAUUAGAUGGGUCCGACGCGGUAAAAGUAGACCUGGGAUAAAGGCCGGCAUCGCUAAACAGUUCCGACGAUGCUGUAGCAUGGGGACGGUCCCGAGGAAGAUCGUCCAGAACGUGUUCCUGAUAUACCUCGUAGGUGGCGUGGGCCUCAGCUUCGCUACCACCGUCAUCUCGACUCAAUACAUAUUCGGACUUCGGUAUUGGGUAGAUAAGUCUGGAUGGAUGGAAAGGGAGAACAACCAGAAUCCGGAAAACGACGCGAAGAGUUUCGGUCAGCUGGUUCCCAUAUUCUCUAGCGCGUUGAUCGUGUUUAGCUUUGCUCAGAUUAUAAGUGAGAAACUCACGCGGCAUAAUAACCGCAAGCAUGAGAACGAAAAGCUACCGUUGCAGGACGGCACUAUCCAGUAUCUCGACCCUUCUAGUUACGACUUGGUACCCCCGCACAUUCCGGAGAAUAGAGGAGAAAGAGAAAAAGGAGGGUUGCGGUAUUUCAAGACGAAGAUGAUGAGUACGCCAAGCUUAUCUCCGCAAGCCGACCUAGAGAACCAGCUGCAAUUUUCGUGGAGGGGCGACGCAAACUUGAAUAACCAUCAAGUGGCCACUCCGCUGCUUAGCGAUAAUCAUUAUUUUUCGACUGUUCCGACGCAAGGCAUGCGAGAGCCCAGAAAGAGUUCGAGUCAUGAGGCGUUCACACCUCGGCACGGAACGACGCCACCGCCAUCACUGCCAUUCUCGGUACGACCGCAUGGCCACGCUCGGGGCGUAAGUUCGACCUCGUCCCGCAGCUUAAUGGGUAGCCCGAAUGUCUCCCAAGAGUCUACUCCGAGAUCAGGAAAUACGAGUAAAUUUUCGACUCGGCCGUUCUAGAAGAAAGGGAUAUAUUAUUCGUCGCUGUUUUUACGAUUUUACCGAAUACCGCAUACCGCAUAUAAUGUACCUAAUAUACGAAAAGGCGUGGGAUACCCCUUACAUGUAAUGAAGGAAUGAAGAAAUUAGGGACAUCUGGAGUUAAAAAAAGGAAUCGACGAUUUAUUUGAUCUUUUAUCUUUCUUCUGUUUGAUAUGUAUACUUACCUACCUACUAGGUACCUACCUAGGUAUGUACUAUUAAUACAAGUACAAGCUUUUUAA